UCUGCAUCUGCACCCGCACACUCCCCAGAACCCCUCUCAGCGUACACAUGCCCAAUAUGCUUUUCUCCACCUACUAACGCAACCCUCACACCCUGUGGCCACAUCUGCUGCGGGCCCUGUCUAUUCACGGCCAUCAAGGCGACUGUACAACGCAACAUGCUCAUAGCGAUGGACGGAGCACCAGUGCCCAGGUGCCCUGUCUGUCGUGCCGAGAUUCCUGGGUGGGACGGGCGAGGUGGUGGUGUCAUCGGAUUGAAACUUCACGUCGUGUACUCGCUCUGA